GUUAAUCUCUCCCAAUUCCCCGAGUCUUAACUUUUCAUUGGUCGGCUCGGCGUAGUGCCCGCCCCCGUCAGCGUCUCGCCUCAGCGCGGGCGCUAUGGCGGCUCCUGAGGGGAGCUGCGCUCCCACAGUGCACCGCGGCGGGGCCUGCGGGCUGGGGCCGGUGGUAGGGCGCGGAUCUGAGGGGUCCUGGGGCAGGUUGAGGGGUCUGGGGCAGGUUUAGGAGGGUCUGGGCCGGAUUUAGGUGGUUAGGUGCAGAUUUAGGGGGUCCUGGGGCAGAUUUGGGGGGCCCUGGGGCAGAUUUAGGUGGUUAGGUGCAGAUUUGAGGGGUCUCGGGGCAGAUUUAGGGGUAAAGGUGCAGAUUUGAGGGCCUCUGGGGCAAUUUUGGAGGGGUCUGCUGCAGGUUUGGGUGGUUCUGAGGUAGAUUUAGGUGGUUUGGUGUGGAUUUGGGGGGCCCUGGGGCAGAUUUGGGGGGCCCUGGGGCAGAUUUAGGUGGUUUGGUGCAGAUUUGGGGGGUCCUGAGGCAGUUUUGUGGGGUCCCGGGGCAGAUUUUGGCAGUUCUGAGGUAGAUUUAGAUGGUUGGGAGCAGAUUUUGGGGGGUCUUGGGGCAGGUUUAGAGGUCUGGUGCAGAUUUGGGAGGCCCUGGAGCAGAUUUAGGUGGUUUGAUGCAGAUUUGGGGUGUCUUGGGGUAGGUUUGGGUGGUCUUGGGGCAGAUUUAGGUGGUCAGGUGUGGUUUUGGGGGGCCCUGGGGCAGUUUUUGAGGGGGCUGGUGCAGAUUUGGGGGGCUGGUGCAGAUUUGGGAAGCCCUGAGGAGGAUUUGGAUGCCCCAGGGGCAGAUUUUUGGGGUGUUUGAGCGCCCUAGGACAGAUUUAGGUGGCGGAGGGGGGCAGAUUUGAGAGGUCUCGGGGUAGUUUUCAGGGGCCGGGUGGCACAUUGGGGGGGGCUCUGUGAGCAAUGUCGGGGUGCAGGGCUGCUCCCCACCCAGGGCACUGGCUCAGCGCCGGGGUUCGGCCUCACGCUGCCGGGGAAACGGCGGCUGUGCCGGUUUUGGUUGCGGUAGGGUUAAUUUUCCGCCGUAGCCGGUGUGGGGCUGUGGAUUCUGCCUCUCGCAGCCCCCUCCCAGGGCUGGGGGUGCACAAGGAGUUUUGGGGGACGCAGCCGGGACAAGCUUCCCUUGGGAUCGGCGACUCCUGCGCCGGGAGCCGGAUGCGCCGGAGAAAAACCGCAGGAGCCGUUUCGAGCCGUCGCACCCCGCCGAGGGUCCGGCGCCGGGCUCCUGCGCCGCGGGGUCUCCGUGGCGGAGCCGUCCCUGAUCCAGACCCCGGAGGAUGAUGAGGAUGAGGCUGAAGCUUCUCCUCCUCGCGUUGGGAGCCGUGGUAGCGCCGAGGCUCUCCCCGUCGCCGCUCGGGGUCCUCUCCCAGGAGGACGAGGGUCCCCCGAAAAUCACCUGCUUCGCCCCGCGGAGGUACGCCGGCAGCACCUUCGAUCUCUUUGCGGUGGGCGCCGGCGUCCCCGCGCAGAGCGUCUCUGCCGCGCAGGACCAGAACAAGGUUGAUUUUACCCUGGAUGGGGCUACCGCGACCUCCCGGUGCUACCGGUGCCGGUACCGGAGUUACAACGGCAGCGCCUGGCAGAUGUCAGCGUUCAGCACGGAGAUCGUGGUGAACGCCUCAAGUGACGCCGCCUGCCAUCCCCCCACCGCCGCGCCGACCGGCCGGCCUCUGCCGACCUCCGUGACUCUGCGGCAAGAUCGCCCCUGGCUCCUCCCGGUUGCCGUCGGCGCGACUGUCCUGGUGCUGCUGGUGCUGGCGGCGACGGCGGUUGCGGCCUGGCGAGUCGAGGCUGGGAGACGGCGGGCAAAGAGGCAGGAGGCGUCUUGCUGGACGGAAACGCGGUACCCCACCACCGAGCUUUCCUAUGACAACUGCGCCUACGCCGUCGGCGUGAACGCGCAGACGGCAGAUGGCAGCGGCGCCGGCUCGGCCCCGGCGUCCCCCCCCGCCGCACCCCACUUCAGCACCUUCAGGUCCUUGGCGUGAGCCCCAGCGUUGCCGUCUCUGCCGGCGCUUGCCGCGGCACCGGAGCCCGGCUCCUCCUUUUACCGGGGAGCACGAGGAGCCCCCGGCACGACCGCGAGGGAAGGGGCUGCGUGACGUCGAGGUUGGCGAGGCGCCGGCACCCCGCGGCA